AUGUCUGCCAACAACGAGCAAAUCCCUGCUAUCGAUGGCCAGGCUGAAACUACUGGGGGUAAUGGUGUUAAUGAGGCAGGACCAAAAGCAAGUAAUGAUAAAAAUGCCUCAGCACCCAAAAAUGAAGUGCCUCCCAGCAAGAAACCACGUGUAGACUUACAGUCUUUACCAGCUCGACAGUAUUUGGAUCAGACUGUUGUGCCUGUUCUCUUACAAGCCCUCUCAGCUUUGGCCAAGGAAAGACCGCCGGACCCUAUUAAUUUUUUGGCAGGGUAUUUAAUGAAGCAUAAAUCGCAGUUUGAACAGCCAAAUAGUAGUGCAACAACUGGUACCACGCAGUGA